AUGUCUACUGAAAUCAAGAGUCUUGAGUCGCUUCAAUGCGAAUAUCUGGUCCCCGACAAUGAUACAUCACAACUCCCUCGUUGGUCCGACACACACAUUAACCGUCCAGCUCUUAUAGUCACCCCGAAGACUGAGCAAGAUGUAAAAGAUGCCAUUCGUGUCGCGAAAGAGAACAAGCUUACAAUCGUUGCUGCUGGUGGAGGCCAUGGAACGUUUGUCAGCGUGGACUCAGCAUCGUUGUACCUCGACAUGAAGCUCUUCAAGAAGAUUGAACUGAACAAGGAUGAAGGAACAGUGAAAGUUGGCGGUGGAGUCCUCGUUGGAGAGGUGCUGAAGACUUUGGCAGACGCGGGUUACUACACUCCCAUUCCCAAUUCUGAUGCCGUUGGCUUCGUGGGAAGUAUGCUUGGAGGUGGGAACAGUGCUCAGAUUGGCCGUCAUGGAUGGAUGGCCGAUAACAUGGUUUCGUUCCGACUUGUUACUGCUUCAGGCGAUGUUGUCGAACUAGAUUCUUCGUCAAAAGACAAGGAACAAGCUCUCUUCAACGUUCUUUGCGGCGCGGGUCAUGGACUCGGUGUCGCCACGGAGCUGACAGUCUCUGCGUUUCCACUUUCAAGUCUCAACAUGAAGGAGAACAAGAUCUGGACGCGGUCACUCAUAUUUACUGCUCCAGCACUAGACGUUGCUAUCAAGACUUUUCUGGAUUUGAGUCAACCCCCAGCAGAAGGAUACAUGAGCUUGGCCUUUGCACGAAGUCCUCCUGGUACUCCAGCAGCUGGAUCUCCAAUCAUCUUUCUUGGGUAUCAGUAUUUUGGUCCCGCUGCGCAGGCCGACAAAGCAACAGCGUUACUCUUCGAUGAGAAUAUUGUCAGCAAGGCCGUCGUGGCAAACACAGAGCUAUUACCGUUCGAGAACGUCAAUGCCAAAAUGAACAUCUACAACUCUCACCACGGCCACAAAACCAUAGCUUCCUGCCGUCUUCACAAGACCACCGCCGAAGCUAUUAAAGCAGGCUUCGAGAAAUGGCGCAUCGCAACAGAGGACUACCCAGAUGCUCAACAAUCAGGGCUUAUAGUCUCAGCAUACAACAUUGACAAAACUUCAGCGAUAAAGAAUGAGAAGUUUGUGGAGGGCAGGGAUAGAAACAUCAAUGCGUUUAUGGUGAUGGUGGCCAAGGAGGACAAGACACGAGAGGCAUUUGGGCCAAUUCUUGAUGAUGUGGUUGCGGGAUUCAGGAAGAGUGACGUGGGGAUGGUGCCGAGAAGUUUUCCGAAUAAUCUGAGGCCUGGGAAGGACUUGAAUGAUAUGUUUGAUAUAGAGAGGUUGGAGGUUUUGAGGGAUGUGAAGAGGACUUGGGAUGGUGAUGGCGUGUUUUGGUCGCCUUACUUCAAGACUGUUUAA